UCUUAUUACAGCCCAGGCCAUGCUAUAGAAAUGCAAAUAGCCGUUUCCUCUUCUCUUUCUCUCUCUCUCUCUUUGAUUUUGUAAAUUGUAAAUACCCAGAAACUUUCAUAUUCAUAACAUAUAGUGGAGUAUCAUAUUCUUAAUCGUUUUUCAUAGGUAUUAACGUUUUGUUGUUCUGCGUACACACCUUUGAAAACCAUGAAGGUGCUUCUCUCUCUGUUGCUGCACAUUGCUCUGUUUUCAAGACUCUCUUUUGCUGGCGACCCAACUCUUUCCACUGAACUUCGCGUUUCCUACACCACUGUUUCACCCCUCGGUCUUCCUCAACAGGUCAUAGCUAUCAACGGGAAGUUUCCAGGACCUCUCAUCAAUGUUACAACCAAUAACCAUCUAGUUGUGAAUGUGUUCAAUGAAUUGGAUGAAGAGCUUCUCAUGACAUGGUCUGGGGUUCAAAUGCGGCGAAAUUCAUGGCAAGAUGGAGUCCUUGGCACAAAUUGUCCAAUUCCUUCCAAAUGGAAUUGGACAUAUCAGUUUCAAGUCAAGGAUCAAAUUGGGAGUUUCUUUUACUUCCCUACUCUUAAUUUGCAAAGAGCCUCUGGUGGUUUUGGCCCCUUUGUUAUCAAUAAUAGGGAAGUUAUCCCAAUUCCUUUUGCACAGCCAGAUGGUGAUAUUUUUAUAAUGAUUGGUGAUUGGUAUACUCAAAACCACACGGCUCUAAGAGCAACGCUUGAUAGUGGAAAAGACCUUGGAAUACCAGAUGGUGUUCUUAUCAAUGGGAAGGGACCUUACCAGUACAAUGCUACUCUUGUUCCUAGUGGCAUCAAUUAUGAAACAAUUACCGUUGAUCCAGGCAAGACUUAUCGAAUUCGUGUCAACAAUGUGGGCAUUUCGACUUCUUUGAAUUUCCGAAUUCAAAACCAUAAUCUACUGUUGGUGGAGACAGAGGGGCAUUACACAACUCAAACGAAUUUCACCAGUUUCGAUAUUCAUGCUGGCCAGUCUUACUCUUUUCUGCUUUCUACUGACCAGAAUGCUAGUACAGACUACUAUAUUGUUGCAAGUGCCAGGUUUGUGAAUGAAUCAUUGUGGGAGAAGGUUACAGGUGUCGCAAUUUUACACUAUUCAAAUUCCAAGGGUUCAGCCAGUGGUCCUCUUCCUCCCCCACCAGAUGAUUUUUAUGACAAGACAGCUUCAAUGAACCAAGCAAGAAGUAUCAGGCAAAAUACUACUGCUAGUGGUGCCCGUCCUAAUCCUCAGGGAUCCUUUCACUAUGGCUCCAUCAAUAUAACUGAUACUUAUUUGCUAAAGGCUACAUCGCUGGUGCCAAUUAAUGGCUCUAAUCGAGCUACUAUUAAUGGGAUCUCAUUUCACAAGCCCGACGUUCCAUUCCGGCUUGCCGACAAUCACAGCUUGAAAGGAACAUAUAAGCUUGAUUUUCCAAGCAAGCCAAUGAACAGAACACCAAUAAUUGACAGAUCAAUUAUUAAUGCUACAUACAAGGGUUUCAUUGAGAUUAUAUUGCAAAACAAUGACACCACUAUUCAAAACUUCCAUUUGGAUGGUUACUCCUUUUUUGUAGUAGGGAUGGACUAUGGUGAUUGGACAGAAAAUUCUAGAGGUUCUUAUAACAAGUGGGAUGCAAUAUCUCGCUGUACAACUCAGGUUUUUCCUGGAGGAUGGACAGCGAUCCUUAUAUCGCUGGACAACGUUGGAUCAUGGAACCUGAGAGCAGAAAACCUGGACAGGUGGUACCUAGGCCAAGAAACUUAUCUGAGGAUCGUCAAUCCGGAAGAAAACGGUGAUACGGAGAUGGCUCCGCCGGAAAAUGUUCUAUAUUGUGGUCCCCUCAAAUACUUGCAGAAGACAAAUUCUCAGUUUUCUGCAGCUUCUACCUUGGGACAUAGCUUGAACCUUUUCACAUUGCUCCUGGGAGUUUUUGCUGUGAUUUUUCUUAUCCUAGCUAGCUAAGUUUCUGUUCUGCUCCAUUGACAUUUAUACAGUUCCCAACAACGUAGUUAUAGGAUUGUGAGAAAGCUUGAUUACUUAUUCCUUUGUCUAAAGAAAGUACAACUGCUUUUUGUUUAGUUAUGUCAUGCUUUGUACACAUUUUUCUUUGUUUACAUGUUAAUCACCAAAAGCUCAUUUAAGGCUAUCUGGGUUUGGUAAGCUUUAAAUCCAGGGUAGACUACAAAUUAUGAGGUACUCAAAUUUUAACUCAAUCCAGAAUUUCAUGUCA